GUUACCUGCCGAUCUAUAAAUGUACAUUUCCGUAAUCUGGCAUGGGUAGGAUGGUCAUCUGAUUCAGGGUUAUUUUGGCAGCUGGGGUGAAAGAGGAGCGAUUACGAUAAAGGCUAUUACAUAUGUUUUUAUAAAUGCUUCUCCAAUUUCAUUAUGCAGUGAACCAACUUUACUGGACCAGUCUCGUUGACACAACAUGAAUGAAUGAAUGAAUGAUCAAGGGGUUGGCUAAAGCACAAACAGAUCUGGCUAUGGCAUUAUGGGCAAGAUCUCAAUUGCAUACUCCUCUCCUCGUCUCCUCAAAACCCAUCGGAUGAGAAAACCAGAGGUCCCUUCCCUUUUACCUUCUCCUCCAAUGGGUUUUGAGGAGGUGGCAAGGAGAGAGGAUGCGAGGAGUAUGCAAUUGAGAUUCUCCCAUGGUUGAGCUCAGUUUCCUGGUCUAGGUCACAUGGUCAAGAAGAACGCCUGACCCUAUAGGCUAUAUGAGGGAUAAAAACAGCGCUGAGCGACUGGUUCCUUUAGGUUAUUGUCCAGCUGAAAGGUGGACAAGGUGGAUUAUACACCUGAAUUAACAUUACCCCCAGAUUUAGUCCGCAGGAUGAUUCUUAGUUGAACCACUGGUGAUGUAGGCUAUCCAUUAGUUCUAAUGAAAGUCUGAGAAAAUCGGCCUCAGCCAGCCCCAGCCUUGAGUUGAGGUUAGUUUUGACCAGGAUUGUCUGCUACCUGUCUUCAUUAAUGGAGGAGCCUAUCUUUGCACUUAAAGCCAUAUCUCUCUGCGGGUGGCCUCUUCACCCUUCCCCCCUUUCCCCUCUCUCUCCUUCCACGUUUCCCUCGCACUAAGCACCCUUUCCAGUAUUACACCAGUAUCUUCUUGACAAGCUGCUAUAAAGGGCUUAACAAACAAGAUUAGAGAACAACAUCUCUCUCAAUGGGCCAUCUGCCUAGCUGAGCCUGAGCCCUGACCUGGAGCUGUUCAGUUGCACCAUGGAACACACCUUCCUCAGCCGACAUAAGCAAGGAGGAGAGAAUCACUUCAGAAUGACUGGUUAAAAAAACAUAUACAUUUUCUGGAUUCUGAACUAUGCAAACUCAUAAGGAGGGCCUAACAUUGUUGUACGAUUCCAAAGGAAGUACCUGUCGUGUCAACGUGACCCCUUUCAACCCUUCGGAGUUAAAACCACUACGGAUUUAAGAUGUCGGACUCUUCAUUGAAAUGCCUUUUGUGUACACUUUCGUUCAUCUUAGCGUUUGAACUCUUGGGAGUAAGAACAGACGGUGCAUCUGGGGAAGGACCUCUUCUUCCUGAGGGACAGGAUCUAUAUUACAAAACAGUUAGAAUAUCACCUAUUCUAUCAGUUCCUCAAAGCAUAGUUCAUUCACCUCUCCUCAAGGUCUCACACAAGGACCAUGGCGCUAUCCUCAGGCAGAAGCGCAACGUGCUUUUCCCCAGCGGGGUCAAACUUUGUGCUGAAGAGAGCAUGCAACAAUCCAUUUCAAAUCACCUCAGCUACUUUCACCUGCGAGUGUGUCAGGAGACGGUGUGGGAGGCUUUCAAGAUCUUCUGGGACCGCCUCCCAAACCAGGAAGAGUACCAGUCCUGGAUGAGCCAAUGCCUGGACGGCACAGCCACCGCUCUGGCGAUGGGCAAAAACUUUAGCCAAUCAAAGGAGCACCUGGCCCUGGUUGAGAGUAGAAUGUUGCUGACAGGGUCAACAAGUGAGCCCAACAACUCAUGGCUACAUAUGUGCAGCACCUCAACUCCAGCCACAGAACAGGAGGCUCAAGGAGAGGUCAUCAUAGAAGGGGCAGAGGUGGAGCUUCCCACAGAACCCACCAAUGACAUAGAGAUGGAAGUGUUAGAGUGGCCUACUCGGGCCCAGUUGGAGCAGGUGGUUGAGCUGAGUAUCUUGCUGAAGGGAGAGAGGUACAGCGAUGCUCUAAGAGACACUGCCAGCUUCCAGUACCAGACACUCAACCAGCAGUUCAUUGACAAGAUAGAAGAUGCUCUGGGGGGACUGCCAGGCUUGAAGAGUGUGACUGUGCUGGAGUUCAGGUUUCAGAAGGAUGCCCAAGGGUUGGAUGGCGUAGUGGUGGUCUAUGCGGUGACGGUGGAGGUGGAAGGGGAGGGGGUGAGCAGUGAGCAGUUGGACUACCUGACCCUGCAGUCCAACCUGGUGGAGAACUCCUACAGAGAGCUGAAGGAGAGGCCCACAGUGGUCUACAACAUCACUGACUUUAGGAACAACAUUACUGAGGCCCUGCAAAAUGACAACAUCAUCAGAGACACAACCCUGGCCCUGGACCCUGACUUACUGCAACUAGAGAGUGUGUCUAGUGUUCCUGAGUCCAUCGAGUCCACGGCUGGAAUUACCAAGGAUGACUGCUUGGAGGAAAUCUUGGCGACUGAGAUGAUCCCAGAUGCCUCUGAGGUUAAAGCUGAGGAUGUGGCGACGGGGGAGAAUGAUGUCAUCGUUCUGGAGGAGAGCGUGACCCUCCCCCCUGAGCCAGAGGUGACCAUCGAUGACAAGGGGAUGGAGGAGGAGGGUCUGCUGUUGGGGAACACUGUGGCUAUAGAGAGCCCUCCCCUGGAGCUCCUCCCUGCAGACCCUAUCUCCCCCGAGCAGCCGGAGGGCACUACGCUCCCCAAGCCUCCUCUGGAGAUAGAGGCCUCUGGGUCAGGUGUUGACAGACUUGAGGACCUGCCCUUCCAGCCCGAGGAAGAAGAGCCAGCCUCAGCUGCAGAAGAGGAACAUACCAUGGAAGAAGAGGUAGUUUUGGAAGAGGUGAUCAUAGAGGAAGAGAUCUUAACAAAGGAAGCAGUGGAGGUCCCUGAGGAAGAGGAGGAAGCAGUGGAGGUCCCUGAGGAAGAGGAGGUAGAGGAGGAAGCAGUGGAGGUCCCAGAGGAAGAGGAGGUAAAGGAGGAAGCAGUGGAGGUCCCUGAGGAAGAGGAGGAAGCAGUGGAGGUCCCUGAGGUAGAGGAGGAAGCAGUGGAGAUCCCUGAGGAAGAGGUGGUAGAAGAGGAAGUAGUGGAGGUCCCUGAGGAAGAGGUGGUAGAGGAGGAAGCAGUGGAGGUCCCUGAGGAAGAGGAGAUAGAGGAGGAAGUAGUGGAGGUCCCUGAGGAAGAGGAGGAAGCAGUGGAGGUCCCAGAGGAAGAGGAGGAAGCAGUGGAGGUCUCUGAGGAAGAGGAGGAAGCAGUGGAGGUCCCUGAGGAAGAGGUAGUAGUGGAGGUCCCUGAGGAAGAGGAGGAAGCAGUGGAGGUCCCUGAGGAAGAGGAGGAAGCAGUGGAGGUCUCUGAGGAAGAGGAGGUAGAGGAGGAAGCAGUGGAGGUCUCUGAGGAAGAGGUGGUAGAGGAGGAAGCAGUGGAGGUCCCCGAGGAAGAGGAGGUAGAGGAGGAAGUAGUGGCGGUCUCUGAUACUGCAGAGGUUCUAGAAGAAGAAGCUGAACCCUCAGAAAACCUUGAGUACUACGUCCUAGAGACAGAGACCAUAGAAGAGUUGGAGGAAGUGAAACCUGCCUUUGUCCCUGUGGAAACGAUGGAAGAUCCCGAGCCAGCUGAGAGCCUUAAUGUCCCCGAGAAUGCCAUGGAGACUGUACCCCCAGAUGAGCCUGAAGAAGAGGCUAACGAGGUGUUGGGUCAUCAGGAAAUAUCAGGAUAUGGAGAGGAAGUUAAGAGCUUAGAGGACGGACCAAUCAUCGAGGAGCCAGUAACUGGAGAGGAUGCCUUGGAGGUGGAGGAAGAGGUGGCAAAAGAAGAAGUGGUGAUGGAACUUCUGGACAUGACUGAGACCUCGGUGGAGGACCUGGUAGAAGAUGAGAUUAUGUUGGUUGACGAGGCUGUUCCAGAGGCCGCUUACCCUACCACUCUUUCUGCAGAGAAGGAGUCGCCCUUCACCCAAGUCUCUGAUGCCAUAGUAGAAGAAGAGGCAAUAGAGGCCACGGGCCGAGACACAGCCCCAGAACCGGAGGCAGAAGCAAAGGACCAGGGGGUCACCCCGGCUCUCACACCUGCCAAGUAUUACCCUGGCCCAGACAUUUCCAUCACUCUGGAGCUGCAGACGAUCGACCCUGUGACAGACUAUGACCUGGUCCCCUUUGGUGGCACCAACCAAACAGAGGAGGGAAGCAGCGGGUACCCCUCUGGAGGGGUACAUGGUGUGGACCAUAGCGUUGCCAUGCCAAUCAACCCAGGGCGAGCGCUGAUGGUGUUCUUCAGUCUGAGGGUAACCAACAUGAAGUUCUCAGAUGACCUCUUCAAUAAGAGCUCCCCGGAAUACAAGGCCCUGGAACAAAGGUUCAUAGAGCUGCUGCUCCCCUACCUCCAGUCCAACCUUAGUAACUUCCAGAACCUGGAGAUCCUGAACUUCCGGAACGGGAGUAUUGUGGUCAACAGCCGGAUGAAGUUCGGGAAGCCGGUGCCUCGCGGCGUCAACAACGUAGUCUACCUGAUCCUGGAAGACUUCGCUAACACAGCCUACAAGACCAUGAACCUGGCCAUCGACAAGUACUCACUGGACGUAGAGUCAGGUGACCAGGCGAACCAGUGUAAGUUCCAGGCGUGUAAUGAGUUUGCACAGUGUUCUGUGAACCGCUGGUCUGGCGAGGCGGAGUGUGUGUGUAACGCUGGGUACUUCAGUGUGGACGGACUGCCCUGUCAGAGCAUCUGUGACCUACAGACAGACUUCUGUAUGAAUGACGGGAAGUGUGACAUCAUACCUGGACAGGGGGCCAUCUGCAGAUGUCGUGUAGGGGAGAACUGGUGGUACCGUGGAGAACACUGUGAGGAGUACGUGUCAGAACCUCUGGUGGUCGGCAUAGCGAUUGCCUCCGUAGCCGGUUUCCUAUUGGUGGCUUCCGGUGUGAUCUUCUUCCUGGCAAGGACACUACGGGAUCAGUACGAUAAGGAUGAGACAGAAGACCCCUUACGGCGAAGGGAGAGUAUCCCGUCUCUAGAGAGGGCCACUAAGUACAACCCCAUGUAUGAGAGUGAGGCUACGACGGGCUAUAGCCACUACUACCGCCGCUACCCAGAAGCCCCAGUCUACAGCAGCGCCAGCGCAGAGGCCUCCACAGACUUCAGCAGCGAGGAAAUACGCCACAUCUACGAGAACAGCGAACUGACCAAGGAGGAAAUCCAGGACAGGAUACGCAUCAUCGAGCUCUACGCGAAGGACCGGCAGUUUGCAGACUUUGUGCGGCAGCAUCAAACUGCCCUGGAUACACGCAGAGAGAGCGCUCUUGAUACACACAGAGAGAGCGUGUCCACGUAGACCUGUACGGGACUCUCAGCUGUAUGCUGUGAAAAACGGGGUGCCCUAUUCUCUUGUCCCACCCUUCUUCCUCUUUUCUCAGUGUCUUCUCUCAAUUGGGUGAGCUCUGCUGGAAUGGGUGUGGUGGCUGGGGGCAGAUCCGCUGCUCAUUGGAUGUCUUCCUUUUGGGGGAAGACCCACCUCCCUCCAUUUGGAAUCAUAUUUGUUACCUGAAAUUAUGACAUACGAAAUGCAAUGCUGUCUAGGAUACCUGUUCUUCAGGUAGCAGAUAAGACAUGAUAAAGAGUCUUUCCUCUUUCAUUUAACGUCAUAUCUCAGCUCCUAGUGGUUGAGGAAAGUGUGAAUGUUGGAUGUGUACUUUAACGUGUCAUUGUCACUAUCUGCUGUUGUACAUAUUAUGUAUGAACUAGAGCCAGUUCUCAAAGGAAUGGUUUAUAUCAGGGGUGCAUAGCUCAGGCCUUCAGGUAACUCAAGCCUUCAGGUAACUCAGGCCUUCAGGUAACUCAGGUCCUCUGCAGGGACUAAAACCAGCCGACAUUGUUGCCCUCUGGACCAGAGCUGUGUGCCCUUGUUCUAUACCCAGCUGUAGGUUGUGGGAGAUUGAGAGCAGCUGACUGGCCAGCGUCUGUGCUGUCCUUGGUGCUGUGGGGCCUGUCUCUGUUGUCUGGGUUUCUGGCCAGUAGUAAGCCUCGGUAGUGUUCUCCUGAAGUUGGGCAGAAACUUGCUGGAUGCACUUUGUUGGCAAAUCUCAAGUCUCAGCCCUGUAUGGCACUGGUGAGAAGUAAUGCACUUUCUUUCAGGAAAAGUGGAAAAUGUGGGGUACAUCUUCCAUUUUAAUUCUGCUGCAAUAAAUUCCCUUCUUCUCUCCCUUUCUCUCUCACUCUACAUCAGGAAUCACUUUGUUUUCGGUAGAAAUAAAAUGUUAUGAGAGGGAGGGAGAUGGCGAGCACGAUUAGAGAGAGACAGGGAGAGAGAGACCGGGAGAGAGAGGGGAGAGAUCGAGAGGAAAGAGAGGGGAGAGGAG